AUGACAUCGUCAAACGUCAACGUCCUUUUGGCGUCCUUCCCAGGAUUGUCACUACCGCCGACUGUCUCGUUCUCCUUGCCAUCAACCGCAACCAUCGCAGACUUGACGCAAAAAGUCGCUUCUUAUCUUCCAUCAUCGGUUCUUCUUCGGUCACUCACUCUUACAACAACCAGCAACAAAGAGAUCACAGCGUCCUCUGAAUGUAUCCGAUCUUUCCUCCCCAUGUGCGAUGGCGACUCUACCUCUUCCCUUCUUCCUCUUCGCCUGACCGUUCCCCUGUGCGGUGGCAAGGGUGGUUUCGGCUCCCAGCUGCGUGCCGCCGGUGGCCGCAUGUCUAGCAAACGCAAACGCAACCAAGGCGACAACAAUGGAUCCAGUCGCAAUCUUGAUGGCCGCCGCCUGCGCACAGUCAACGAAGCAAAGGCACUUGCGGAAUAUCUGGCCGUUAAACCGGAGAUGGACAAGAAGGAAAAGGAGGAACGUCAACGCCGAUGGCAAGCCGUGGUUGAGAUGGCGGAAAAGCGCCAAGACGAAUUGAAGAAUGGCAGUGGCAACCGGAAGGUGGAUGGCCAAUGGAUGGAAGAUCGUGAGGAGAUGAGCGAAAAGGCCCGCGAGGCAGUCUUACAAGCUAUGAAAGAUGGCGACUGGACCGACAGUCUUCGCGAUGCGAUACUUGGGGGAUCCAGCACUAGCGCCAGUGACGAGGGAAGCGGAGAGGAUGCUUCAUCUAGCGAGGAUGAAGACGAGUCAAAUGGGGAAUCGUCAAAGGCUGUUGCCGGUCCCUCUGUGCCACAAAAGGCUGCGCCGAGGAAGUUCAUCGGGUUCGACGACGACGACGAAUUCAUGAGCGAGUCUGAUGAGGAAAUGGACGAUUCCGACAAGGGAAAGGGAAAGGCUCGUGCGUAA